UACAUACAUCAGUCUUCUAAAUGUUCUAAGCGUACUUCUUCAGUGUACUAAGUAACGUAUAAAAUGAUGAUUAGUACUAGACGUACUUUCUGGCUUUCAACAACUAUAGUAGCCGUUUUUGUUGGAACACUGGUAUUAAAAAGUACUUUUGUAGCAGGUUCUCAAAAGUGCUCGGAAUACGACUUCCCGUGCGAAGAUGGUGGAUGUAUAGAUUCAGCACUGUGGUGCGACUCUCAGGAAGAUUGCAUUGAUGGAUCAGACGAAAAAUAUUGCAAAAAAUCUAUCUACUUUAACAAAGAUCCUAAUCAUUGCCCUUCAAAUUAUUUCAAAUGCAACAACGGGCCUUGUAUACCUUUGAUUGGAAGAUGUGAUGGUUAUGAAAGUUGUGAAGACUCCUCCGAUGAAAAGAACUGUGGAAAUCCGGAUUCAUCUUCUGAAGGUACAACCAAGCAUAGGAAUUAUGAAUGAUCUAAUGCAAUACAAUUCUUCGCCUCUCUUAAUGCAUCAGUAAAUUCUAUACAGCUUGAGCAAUAUUUAGGAUUGUCUGGUGCAGAUAUUUCUAAUCAGCAAAAAAAGGCUAGAAACUGGCUGCUUUCUCAACGGAAAAGCGAUUAUGGAUGGGGAGUUGAAACUCCUAGAGCUUUAGCAGCUCUGUGUCUCUCUGAUGAACAACCAAUGGUCAGAAAUACUGAAAGUGGCAUGUUAAUGAUAAAGCAACUGGAGAUACAGAUUUCUCUAGAACUUGCUAGAAAUAGUGCAAGACCCAUGAAACUGAUAGAUCUUGCCCUAUACAUAAACGCACUUCUUUUAACCUGCAAAAAUCCAACGAAUUUCUAUGGGGACAACCUAGUUCACAUGUUGCGCAACGCUGUCGAUAAUGCACAGAGGGAGGAUACGUUUAUUAAUCCAUCUGUUUAUUUGACUCUCUGCACCAACAAUGCUACUACUUAUGAUGAUGCAAAGAAGCUUCAAGACAUAUUUUUAAGUCAGAAUGAUACAAUCAGUAGAAUAGACAUGCAAGCCUUAGGUUUGUUGACUGCUUCCUGUAUGUUUCGAAAGACUAAUUUUCUAAAUGCUACGUUGUAUGACAACAUUAAAAUGGAGUUUUUACGAAAUCUGAAAAUCCAUGGUUUCCCAGGAAACGUGUACGAAGCAGCUUUACUUGCUCAGGCUCUGCAAGAAGUUAAGGUAAGUCUCAGAGGCUCAACAGAUUUCAUUCUAAGGCAACAAGAAUCAGAUGGUUCAUUCGGUGGCAUUUUAGCUACUUAUCUUGCAUUGCCGGUUUUAGCUGGAAGAAAUCUUAUUCCGAUGAAUAAACACUGUGGCCAACAGAUUAUAUCAGAUCUCAUACCACUUGAAGUACUGAAAAAUGUAAAACGCAAGAAAAUGCAUGUCCAGUACUCUUUGAAUUAUGGAUAUCCACCUGAAGUAACACAAACUAUCCAGAUGCAUGUGGCAGAAGGCACAAAUCUUUUGGACCUCAUGAGAUUGGCACAAGAAAUCAAUUCGAAAUACCGGUUUAAGCUGAGUGAAAACCGUAAAGUUCCGGUAGUUUUUUCUAUUGGUGACAUGCCCAAUGACGUAGAGAAAGGAAUGUAUUGGAUGCCCUACAAAGCAGUUGAAAACGGAAGUGAAAUCACCAAUGAUAAACAUUGGGUUCCUUACACUGGAGACAUCAAGAAGUUGAUUCUUGCAAAUGGAGAUAAAGUGUUGUUUUGGUAUAGGCCAUUGUAAACAUCAUUUGUUCUCCGUAUUAGUCACUAUGUAUUAAAAACAAUUAGUGCAUAAAAAUAAACUUAUUUUCUAAAAA